AUGCACAACUCACCCUACCAUGCGAUAGCGAAGUGGGUAGCGGAUAAACUCAAACCCCUACAGCAGCAGCUGGCACCACGAAACUUUCAAGAUACCUUCAAAUUUACCGACGACCUCAAGGCCAUAAACUUAAAUGGCUUGAUGAUGCUCUCCCUAGACGUCUCAUCGCUGUUUACAAACGUCCCGGUCACAGAGACACCCGACUACAUCUACGGCGUCGCCGUGGGUUCGCCCUUUGGGCCUCUCCUGGCCAAUAUCUUCAUGGUCAAGCUGGAGAAGUUUCAACUCAGCGACCAGAUCUAUAAGUUAAAACACUACGGUUGCUAUGUCGAUGGUAUCUUCGCCAUUGCUCCAGCAGAAACCGAUGUAGAUGUGCUUCUAAAUACUGUCAAUCAAGCACACCCCUCUAUUGAGUUCACAUUGGAGGUGGAAACAACAGGUUCGCUUCCAUUCUUGCACGUCCUCCUAAGCAGAAGACCUAACGGCAGCGUCUGA